GUCCGUGCAAAAGUUGGUUUCCUGGCCUGCCGUGGUGCAACGUGGUGCAGCGUGGCGUGUGGCUGCCUCUACCCGCCCUGCUGACCACCCGCUCGAGGAGCAUUGGAGCAUCAAGGCAUCAGUGGCAUCUCGUCAGCAAAGCAACUGGGAA